AUGACGGACGUCGCAGCGCCUGUCUUCAAGAAGAGGACCAAGAACGCCAACAUCCGCAAACGGCCGGCCACCCCGCCACCAGAUCAGUCCGCCUCCGACUCCGAUUACACCGACGACGAGGCCGGCGUGAGGAUCAAGCGGCGCAAGAAGGAAGGCGUCUCGGCCAGCACCGUUGCGCCCAAGCGAGCGCGAGAUCUGAACAAAUCGACUGCCUUUGCAGCAGAUCGAACCACCAACAUCAUCGCCAACGAAGAUGCGACCAAAGCUUCCAAUUGGUACACCGACGCAGCGCUGGCCGCGAAAGAUGCACCCACCACCACCCAAAUCACAAAGACCGAGACAGUAGUCUCAGAUGCCACCGACGGCAGAUACCAAGGCACGGCGAAGUACUCCAAUUUCAUCCAGAAGAAUCCCGAUGCAUCCAGCAAGCAGGUCGGCCCGGUGAAGGCGCCCACCAACGUUCGUGCCAUCACCGUUACCGACUUUGCGCCCGAUGUGUGUAAAGAUUACAAGCAGACUGGGUUCUGCGGCUUCGGUGACAGCUGUAAAUUCUUGCACGCAAGAGAGGACUACAAGCAAGGUUGGCAGUUGGAUAAGGAAUGGGAGAAUGUGGGCAGGAAGGACAAGUCGGGCAACACGUCCAAGGGCGAUGAGGAUAUGGAUGAAGAGGAGAAGAUGUUGCAGCAGAUUCCAUUUGCGUGUAUCAUCUGUAAGGAGAGCUACAAGUCACCCAUGGUGACCAAGUGCGGUCACUACUUCUGCGAGAAAUGCGCCACGAAUCGGUACAUGAAGGAGAAAAAGAAGACGUGUGCCGCUUGUGGCACGGACACGGGAGGUAGCUUUGGUGUUGCGAGGAAGUUGAAGGACCUGCUGGAGAAGAAGCGCAAGCGGGAAGAGGAGCGCGCCGCUAGAGCUGACAAUGAGCGCCAAGACCGCGAGGACUGA